CCAAAGUUACUCAGGUGAAUGUUAAAAUGGCCUGGUCACGUCCUCAAGGUGAUUUAAAAAUUUGGGAUACUUUUGAAACUAAUAAUUUAGCGGGAAAAAAGUUGCGAUUUGUUAUCCAAGAAAUACCAGAGAAUCGAUACGAAGAAGCUUUAGAUCAUUUAUGUACCAAUUAUCUGAGGUACGAAGAUAUGCGAAUGAGUCUCAAUGUAGUACAUGAUCCAGAUUCAGUAGCUUAUAAUCGUGGAUUUUGGAAAGCAGCUCUCAAUCAAAGGAUUUCAAUUGGCGCAUUUGAAGUUAAUGAUAAUAAUCAAGUAUCUAUACUUGCAGGAUUAAAUGUACUGAGAGUCAUCGAUAAAGAUUCCAGUAAAAUAAAGAGGCCUAUUACUAGUAAUAUGAUAGCAACCCAAAAAAUUAUUAAUUUUGUACAAAACGCUGCCGCGGAAGUGGAUCCUUGUAACAGAUAUGGAGUCGACUAUUUUUUAACCGGCACUGGGUUGGAUAUAAAUCCACAUUACAGUCGUCUAGGAUUAGGUACUCGGCUUUUAUUAACCAGAGAAAAAGUUGGUAGGGCGUACAAUAUACCAGUAACUUCAACAAUGUUUUCUUCACUGUUGGCACAAAAAACCGCUGAAAAAGCUGGUUUUGUUGAUAUUUUAGAACGAGGGUGGGACGAAGUUACUGACGACCACGGAGAAUUAUUAUUUCCUGGACUCAAAGGCCUUCGUUGGAAAAUAAUGGAUAAAAAAUUGUUGUAA